AUGGACGAAGUAAAGGUGUCAUAUCUGAACUAUCCAAUUUAUGGAAUCGGUUCAAACGAAAAAUAUGUUGUAACCUCUGGAGGAGGAGGAGGUAAAAAUUAUGGGAUUGAAGAUAUAUUAGAUAUUAAUACAUUUGAUGAAAAAGAAAAAAAAUUACAACAAAUAUGGUCAACAACUGAACAAAAUGGAGUUGUUGAUGGAAUAAUAUUUGUAGAUAAAUAUAAUAUAUGGCUAGGAUCUGUACGAAAUGAAUGUAUAAUAUUUCAAAUAAAUGAAGAAAGUGGUCCUAAUAUUUUAUUAAACUUUGUUACAGAUGCUUGUAAAAAAAAUGCAAGGCAAACAGUUGUUAGAUUUUCAUCGAAUAGUAAUUUAAUAUUAACAGGGGGUGAAGACAAAAUAGUAAAAUUAUGGAAACUUACAUUCAGUAAUAAUAAUAAACAUAAAUUAAUAAUUAAUGAUUUAUAUAUCGAUCCAAAAAAUGCUAUAGAGCAUUUAGGUGAUUAUAAAGGCCAUGAAGAUUGUAUUAAAGAUUGUGAUAUAUCAAAAGAUGAAAAAAUAAUAUGUACAUGUUCAUCUGAUAAUUCAUUAAAAAUUUGGGACACUAAUAGUUUUGUUAAUCUACAUACCGAACAAAUGAAAAAUCCAAAAAAUAAUAAUGAAAAUCUAAAUUUUAGAUGUUGUAAAUUUUUAAAAAAUAUAAAUAAUUCAGAUGAAUUUACAUAUAAAUUAUUAACAACAGCAUAUACGUCUAGAGGAAAUAGUUAUUUAAUUAUAUGGAAUAUAUAUUACAAUGAUAAAAAAGAAAAAUAUACAUGUGAAAAAUAUAAAUUUGUAUGGUUAGAUGAUCGACCUUGUUGUAAUAUAGCCAUAAGUAAAGAUGAAAAAUAUAUAGCUUUAGGUUUUAGUACUGGAGCAUUAAAAAUAUAUAACUAUAAAUAUUCACUUUUAGCACAUUAUAAAAAACAUGAAUUGCCAAUAACAGCCAUGUGUUUUAUUAAAAAUGAUAAUUAUUUAUUAUCAGCGGGUGCAGAUUAUAGUAUUAGCUGUACUCACAUAAAUUCGUUUAGUUUUCGAUAUUUAAGAAAAAUAUGGAAAAUAUCUAUAACCAUGAUAAUAAUACUUAUAUUAACUCUCAUUUUGUUGGAUUGUUUUAAUGCUGGAUAUGAUAUACGAAUGAACAACUUAGUGAGAGACUUUUCAAACUUUGGAAAAAAAAAAAAAAAUAAUAAUACAACUAUUAAGCCAAAGAAUCAUACUACCGAUGAACUAUAA